AUGGCGGACGCGCAAACCCCCAAUUUGCAACACACGGCAGAAGGAGAUGCCAAUACGAGUGCUGAAAACGAGCGGUCGCUGACAGUUCGGGCAAACUACCAGAGCGAGAAUACUCGAUCUUGGCUGAGGUAUCCGUUCCUAGCAGCAGGGAUCGCUCUAUUCCUUGGCCCCUUUUCAUUCUUCUGGCCUCGAGAGGGCCCUAUCGAUCCCACAGACUAUGUUGAGCGCACAAAGCGUGUCUUGAAGACCACACCGCUAAUUGACGGUCACAAUGACCUCCCCUGGCAACUAAGAAUUGAGUUACACAACCGCAUCUACGAUGGUCGCGUGGAUCUCAGCAAGAAGCUUCUGGGUCACACUGAUAUCCAGAGAAUGCGGCAAGGCAUGGUUGGAGGGCAAUUCUGGAGCGUAUAUGUGGACUGUGAUACUCAGCAACAGCACUUUGAAGAUCCGUCUUGGGUUGUGAGGGACACUUUGGAGCAGAUCGACGUGACAAGACGAUUUGUCAAUGAACACCCUGAGCAUCUCCAGUACUGCGACACUCCUGCUUGCGCUCGAGAAGCUUUCAAGUCAGGUCGCAUUUCCAGUAUGAUCGGCAUCGAAGGGGGCCACCAAGUAGGUGGAAGCAUUGGAGCCAUUCGCCAAAUGUUCAACCUUGGUGCCCGGUACAUCACUCUCACCCACAACUGCGAUAACGCCUUCGGAACGUCUGCUUCGACAGUGGCGGCCGGAGGAGCCGACCAAGGUCUUUUUAAGCUUGGGUACGACGCGGUUAAAGAGAUGAACCGCCUUGGUAUGAUGGUCGAUCUAUCACACGUCUCACACCAGACCAUGCGAGAUGUCUUGGGCGUCACAAGAGCUCCAGUCAUCUUCUCGCACUCUGGAGCUUACGCUGUUGAACCUCACCUUCGCCAUGCCCCCGAUGAUGUGCUACGGCUUGUCAAGCAGAACGGAGGGAUAGUGAUGGCCGUUUUUGUGAACAGGUUCCUAAACAUGAAGAACCCAGACCAGGCCACGAUUCACGACGUGGUUGAUCACAUUCUUCACAUCGCCGAAGCUUGCGGCUGGGAAUGCGUGGGCAUAGGAAGCGACUUUUCAGGCACUCCCUUUGUCCCAAUCGGUCUCGAAGACGUUUCUAAGUUUCCUGAUUUGAUUCAACUCUUGAUGGAGAGGGGAGCUACAGACCAACAGAUUCGACUGCUGGCCGGAGAGAAUAUUCUACGCGUUUGGGAAAGGAUCGAGCAACGGGCCAAGGAGCUUCAGGCUGGUGGAGAGAAACCCAUCGAGGCUGAAUAUGAAGGGCGAAACUGGCACAAGGGGAUGAAGAACUCGCCCUGGAUGCUUCGGAGAAGUCGAGAGGAAGCUCUUAUCAAGGGUGCAGCUGACCAGCCUUACAUGUUCAAUGUUGAUAGCGAGGGGAAGCAUAACCCUGCGGUGAAGCAAGUCUAA